AUGCUUGACCCUGGAGUUGCCAGAGACACGUUGGUGUCUUACGGAGGCAAAUAUGCGUCUACAUUGAUCCUUCUGGCGGCUACAGGCAGCUUCAUCUGGUACUGUGUGGUCUGCACAGUAUGCGCCGUUGGCUUUGUGCAGACAUUACGAAGCUACAGAAAGCCGCCACCAAUCGUACAAUGGGGCGCUGACGCUCCGCAUGUGACUAUCAUCCGUCCCAUCAAAGGAGUGGAGCCAUGUCUCUAUGAAUGUCUGGCUUGCACUGUCCGGCAGAAGUAUCCGCGUGAGAAGGUUCACAUACGCUUCUGCAUUGCCGAUCGUAGCGAGCCAUCUCUGCCGACCCUUGAGCGCCUUGUCCAGGACUUCCCAGACAUCGACGUGCAAAUUCUGAUUGAGGCGGAGGAUGCCGUGCUCCAAGAUGGCACACUCAACCUUGGACCCAACCCAAAGAUCCGAAACAUGAGCCGUGCCUACCGGGAAACUGUUGGUGACGUUGUAUGGUUCCUUGAUUGCAAUGUCUGGGUGGCAAAGGGCGUGCUUGGCAGGAUGGUCGCUCGGUUGGAAGGGAAGGGCACGAACCGCAAGUACAAGUUCGUUCAUCACCUACCGCUGGUGGUCGAUGUCGAGCCCGAGGCAAUCCAGAGUCAAGCAAGACAGCUUAUGCAGAGUGGCAACCUCGACUCCGAUCGUACCGACACUGACGGCCAAGACAUCUCCCUCAGCCUACCCAACGCACGGCAACAACGCAGCUUCUGGAAUACCGGCGGUGGCCGCGUGGAAGAGAUGUUCCUCUCUACCGCUCACGGCAAGUUCUAUGUCGCCGCCAACUCCUUACUCAUCAUCAAUGCCAGCAACGGCAAGUCCAAUAUGGUGCGGCGGUCGCACCUUGACAGUCUCACUUCAGGUCAAGGCGUUGACUACUUCAGUAGCAAUAUCUGUGAGGACUACCUUCUUGGCAACUUACUGUUCAAAAAUCAGAUUCCGGCUGAGAAGGCAGGAGAAGUAUGGGGCCGGCACGCACUUUGCUGGGGAGACGUCGCCCUGCAGCCGAUGACGAGCAUGAGCGUCAAAGGCUACUGGAAUCGAAGGAUCAGAUGGAAUCGCGCGAGGAUGUUCGCUGUGCCCAUUGCCACGUUCGUUGAGCCGGCGACUGAGAGCCUGCUUUGCUCAGUUCAUGGUGCCUUCGCCAUCACCACCUUGCCGUUCUUUGGGACGUAUCUCGGCAUACCGAAAACGUGGACUGCCUUUGCCCUUGUGUGGCUUCUGAGCGUCAGCAUCUGGUGCCUUGCGGACCGCAUAAUGUACUUGCGACUGAACUCUGCCAGUUACGUGGAAAUGGACGAAGACACUCCAGAGUUUGCUCGCUUGCUGAGAGGGGACGGUAUGCUGCGACCGUUCUGGCAGUGGUUGCGGGCAUGGGUGGUAAGGGAGCUCAUCGCUUCGCCGGUGGAAACUUGGGCAUUGUGGGGCGGCUCACAGAUAGAGUGGCGUGGCAGAAAGUUCAGGGUAAGUACAGACAUGAAGGUACAUGAAGUACUUGACGCUACGACCGAAUAUGCUAGAGGUCUGAAUGGGCACACAAAGGCUAGGUCUGAUUGACACGGUAUCGGUGCCUUCGCUAUCGGCCAGGUGAUGAGUGCCUUGAAGCACAAUCGACGAGAUGCUUGCUCAAGAACAAUUACCGGCCAUCUCUGACUUUCCGGAUCAUUAAGAAGGCUUAAUACCAGCUCUUACUGUUUCAUUAAUUGUCUCAGUGGGCGAGUGCGAAGCGUUUGUCACUUGUUCUUCGCUUCGGAAGGGCCAGCUUCCCGAUCCUCCGUAUUGGCGAGUAGCGUUUCCGGUAGGCAGAUGUCGUUGUAGAGAUUCUGCAUCAUCAAUCUCGGUAUCAG